AUGCAUUACUCCACUCUCUCUACAAUACUUUCUUUCAUCGCCUUCAGCCAGGCUUCUACUAUCCCAACCAUUAACGGAAGUUAUACCGAUAUUGUAGCCCGCAACGCAAAUCACGUCAGCUUAUACACUACUAGUGCCUGCGCAAACGAGGAUAAAUACUACAAAUGGCUCGGUACCGCAACAUGCAAUUGCAUUGCAGUCGAUCUGAGAGCUCUUAGUCUCUAUACUGACACUGAGCCUCUCCAACAUACUAUUGCAUUCAGCGAUGGCAAUUGCCAAAAGAUACCUGGCAUUAUUAACAAGGAAAGGUGUGUUGGGACCGAUACCUUGUUCGGUGAUGGAGACAUUGGAAGCGUAAUGUUCUGUUUACCGGCUGUUUGUGAUGUUUUUGAAGCCGUGAAAGAUAUACUUGGUGAUGUGGCGACAAUUCUUACGGCUUCGGAGUCUUUUGCUGAGUAA